AUGUCCUGCACAUCCACGCAAUUUCUCGCUCUCUCUGCCGAUGGUAAAUUGUGGCAAGAAAUUUGUUCCACUCUAUGGAGCUCCACCAAUGAUUCGCGGGUUCGUCAAGUUAUCUCUACUUUCCCCGGCGGUCAUCGCUCGUUCUUCUCUGACUCCUUUCCUCUUCUCCAUCACAAAAACCAUAAUCAAGAUCUCUCAUCUGAACCGUCAGAUUUAAUCUCGGCCGUCGAUUUAUGUUACAAGAACAAGCUUCUGUUCUCCAAGGUUCGAGAAACGAACACGACCACAACCAAAUUUCUCUGUUCCCGUUUCAAGAUCGAGUUACUGGGGCAAAAGGAAACCGUUUCGACUCCAAUACAACAAUUCGGUGAAAUCGAUGCGUUGCUUCAAGACCUGAAAGAGAAUUUGAGUUUGAGUUGGAUCGUGAUCGACCCGGCUGCGAAACGGGCGGCCAAUUUGUCGUCGGGAAGGCCAGUUUUGGUGGAAUGGCCUUGCACUGGAGGGGAGGUUCAACUUUACUAUUCAACAGUCAUGAAGACUGGUGGACGGCCGGGAUCGGUAGAGUCGGAGUUCGCGGAGUGCAGGGUAGUGGUCACGUGUAGCGGGAUAGACGGAGGGGAGGUGCAUGUGGAUGACAUAACAAUGGAGAUAAAGGACAUUGAUGGAAGGAGCUUUGAUGGGAGGGAGAGUUUAGUAAUUUUACAGGAUUCUUUGGUGAACGGGAAGAGAGAGAGGGGGAAGAGAGGAGAAAAUGAAGACAAGUACAAGAAAUUGGAGAAGAGAAAGAGAGAAGGGAAGGUGAAGAAGCUAAGUAGCAAUGGCGUCAUUUACAUGAUUUGCCUUCCCGUUGUUGGUUUAGUUACUUUCUGGUUCACUCUGUUUUUGUUUGCGAUGCUCUUGAUGCGUUCCAAGACUCGCAGUAAAUUGAGGAAGCAUUAA